CCGCGAGUCGGGUGGGGGGGCUUUGUGCGCGGCGGCGGCGGCGGCGGCGGCGGCGGCGGGAGCGGACGGCGGCGGCGGCCAGGACGGCGGCGCGGGCCGAGGGGGACGGUGCGCGGGUCGCCGCGAAGAGACGUGCGAAGGCCGCGUCGAGCGCCGAGGUCUCCGCUGCGCCGGCCCGGCCGCCGGCCACAGGCUGCUCUCCAGCGGCGGCAGCGGCUGCGCGGCGACCCCCAUCCCUCCGGCAGCCCUUCCCCGCGCACCUCCGGCUGCCCUCCGCCUCGCCGCCCCGCCUCGCGCCCGGCCCGGCCCGGCCGUGGCCCUCCUUGGUGCUGGCCGCCAUGGCAGAGGCGUCCGGCGCCGGGGAAAUCUAGCCCGGGGAUUUCAUGCGGCCUAGCUUGGUUCCGUCUCCUUCCCCCGCGGCCCCGGCGGCUGCCCGCACCCCAGCCCCACUCCGGGCCUCCGUGUCUCUCCUGUUAUCGUACUGACACGGCCGGGGGGUUAGAAUGGAACAAACUGAAGGCCCGAUGAGAGAAAGGGAAAGUUAAGGAUGCUGGAGCAGAACAAUGGAUUUCUCUUUCUCUUUCAUGCAAGGGAUCAUGGGAAACACAAUUCAGCAACCACCUCAACUCAUUGACUCCGCCAAUAUCCGUCAGGAGGAUGCCUUUGAUAACAACAGUGACAUUGUUGAAGAUGGUGGCCAGACACCGUAUGAAGCUACCUUGCAGCAAGGCUUUCAGUACCCACCUACGACAGAAGAUCUUCCUCCACUCACGAAUGGCUAUCCACCUUCAAUCAACAUGUAUGAAACUCAAACCAAAUACCAAUCAUAUAGUCAGUAUCCCAAUGGGUCAGCCAAUGGCUUUGGUGCAGUUAGAAACUUUAGCCCCACUGACUAUUACCAUUCAGAAAUUCCAAACACAAGACCACAUGAAAUUCUGGAAAAACCGUCUCCUCCACAGCCGCCACCACCUCCUUCGGUACCACAAACUGUGAUUCCAAAGAAGACUGGCUCACCUGAAAUUAAACUAAAAAUAACCAAAACUAUCCAGAAUGGCAGGGAAUUGUUUGAGUCUUCCCUUUGUGGAGACCUUUUAAAUGAAGUACAGGCAAGUGAGCACACAAAGUCAAAGCAUGAAAGCAGAAAAGAAAAGAGGAAAAAAAGCAACAAGCAUGAUUCAUCCAGAUCUGAAGAGCGCAAGUCACACAAAAUCCCCAAAUUAGAACCAGAGGAGCAAAAUGGACCAAAUGAGAGGAUUGACACUGUAUCAGAAAAGCCAAGAGAAGAUCCAGUAGUAAAAGAGGAAACCCCAGUUCAACCAGUAUUAUCUUCUGUCCCAACAACGGAAGUGUCUGCUGGUGUUAGGUUCCAGGUUGGCGAUCUUGUUUGGUCUAAGGUGGGAACCUAUCCUUGGUGGCCUUGUAUGGUUUCAAGUGAUCCCCAGCUUGAGGUUCAUACCAAAAUUAACACAAGAGGUGCCCGGGAGUAUCAUGUCCAGUUUUUUAGCAACCAGCCCGAGAGGGCAUGGGUUCAUGAAAAGCGGGUACGAGAGUAUAAAGGUCAUAAACAGUAUGAGGAGUUACUGGCUGAAGCAACCAAACAAGCCAGCAAUCAUUCUGAGAAACAAAAGAUUCGGAAACCCCGACCUCAGAGAGAACGUGCUCAGUGGGAUAUAGGCAUUGCUCAUGCUGAGAAAGCAUUGAAAAUGACCCGAGAGGAAAGGAUAGAACAAUAUACUUUUAUCUAUAUUGAUAAACAGCCUGAGGAGGCUUUAUCCCAAGCAAAAAAGAAUGUUGGCUCCAAAGCUGAAGUUAAAAAAACUCGAAGACCAAGAUCAGUGCUGAAUACUCAGCCAGAACAGACCAAUGCUGGUGAGGUACCUUCCUCACUAUCAAGUACUGAAAAUCGGAGACAUAGCCAGAGGCGGCAUACCAGUGUGGAAGAGGAAGAAGCACCUCCUGUUAAAAUUGCCUGGAAAACAGCAGCAGCAAGGAAAUCCUUACCAGCUUCAAUUACAAUGCACAAAGGGAGCCUGGAUUUGCAGAAAUGUAACAUGUCUCCAGUUGUGAAAAUUGAACAAGUGUUUGCUCUUCAGAAUGCUACAGGAGAUGGGAAAUUUAUUGACCAAUUUGUUUAUUCAACAAAGGGAAUUGGUAAUAAAACAGAAAUAAGCGUCAGAGGACAAGACAGACUUAUAAUUUCUACACCAAACCAGAGAAAUGAAAAGGCAACUCAGAAUAUAUCGUCUCCUGAACCAACAUCUGGUCUUACAGGCUCAGUAGAAAAGAAGCAACAGAGAAGAUCAAUUAGAACACGAUCUGAAUCAGAGAAAUCCACUGAGGUUGUGCCAAAGAAGAAGAUCAAAAAGGAGCAGGUUGAAACAGUUCCUCAGGCUACUGUGAAGACUGGAUUACAGAAAGGUGCCAGCGAGAUUUCAGAUUCCUGUAAACCUCUAAAGAAAAGGAGUCGCGCCUCAACUGAUGUAGAAAUGACUAGUUCAGCAUACAGAGACACAUCUGACUCCGAUUCUAGAGGACUGAGUGAUCUGCAGGUAGGCUUUGGGAAGCAAGUAGAUAGCCCUUCAGCUACUGCAGAUGCAGACAUUUCUGAUGUGCAGUCUGUGGAUUCAAGUUUUUCGAGAAGAGGCGCUGGAAUGAGUAAGAAGGAUACUGUGUGUCAGAUUUGUGAAAGCUCUGGUGAUUCUCUGAUUCCUUGUGAGGGAGAGUGCUGCAAAUACUUUCACCUGGAGUGCCUAGGACUGACAUCACUCUCUGAUGGAAAGUUUAUCUGCAUGGAAUGUAAAACUGGACAGCACCUAUGUUUUUCAUGCAAGGUGUCUGGUACAGAUGUGAAGCGUUGCUCCGUUGGUGCUUGUGGGAAAUUUUAUCAUGAAGCCUGUGUCCGCAAAUUCCCCACUGCCAUCUUCGAAUCAAAAGGAUUCCGCUGUCCCCAGCACUGCUGCUCUGCCUGCUCUAUGGAGAAAGAUAUCCACAAAGCAAGUAAAGGUCGCAUGAUGAGAUGUUUGAGAUGUCCAGUAGCCUAUCACUCUGGAGAUGCUUGCAUUGCUGCAGGAAGCAUAUUUGUAUCCUCCUACAUUCUCAUCUGUAGUAAUCAUUCCAAACGGAGCAGCAAUUCUUCCUCUGCUGUAAAUGUAGGCUUUUGUUUCGUUUGUGCAAGAGGGCUGAUAGUUCAGGACCAUUCAGACCCCAUGUUCAGUUCAUAUGCCUAUAAGUCCCACUACCUACUGAAUGAAUCAAAUCGUGCAGAGUUGAUGAAAUUACCUAUGAUUCCUUCUUCGUCAGCUUCCAAAAAGAAAUGUGAGAAAGGUGGAAGACUGCUCUGCUGUGAAUCGUGCCCAGCUUCCUUCCACCCGGAAUGCCUGAGCAUAGAAAUGCCAGAAGGCUGCUGGAAUUGUAAUGACUGUAAAGCUGGCAAGAAACUACAUUACAAGCAGAUUGUUUGGGUCAAAUUGGGAAAUUACAGGUGGUGGCCAGCCGAGAUCUGCAAUCCCAGGUCCGUGCCACUGAACAUCCAAGGCCUUAAGCAUGACUUAGGGGACUUCCCUGUGUUCUUCUUUGGUUCUCAUGACUACUAUUGGGUGCACCAGGGCAGAGUAUUCCCUUAUGUUGAAGGAGACAAAAGUUUUGCUGAGGGACAGACAAGUAUUAACAAAACCUUCAAGAAAGCACUGGAAGAAGCUGCAAAGCGUUUCCAGGAAUUAAAAGCACAACGAGAAAGUAAAGAAGCACUAGAGAUUGAAAAGAACUCAAGAAAACCCCCUCCCUACAAACACAUCAAAGCUAACAAGGUUAUAGGAAAAGUCCAGAUCCAUGUUGCAGACCUAUCAGAGAUUCCCCGCUGCAACUGCAAGCCUGCUGAUGAGAACCCUUGCGGCUUAGAAUCUGAGUGCCUGAACAGAAUGUUGCAGUAUGAGUGUCACCCGCAGGUAUGCCCAGCUGGAGAUCGAUGCCAGAACCAGUGCUUUACAAAGAGGCUCUACCCUGAUGCAGAAAUCAUCAAAACGGAGCGAAGAGGCUGGGGCCUCAGGACCAAAAGGAGCAUUAAGAAGGGUGAAUUUGUAAACGAAUAUGUUGGAGAAUUAAUUGAUGAAGAAGAAUGCAGAUUGAGAAUCAAACGAGCCAACGAGAACAGUGUAACUAAUUUUUAUAUGUUAACAGUUACCAAGGAUCGUAUAAUUGAUGCUGGCCCAAAAGGAAAUUAUUCUCGCUUUAUGAACCACAGUUGUAAUCCAAACUGUGAAACACAAAAGUGGACAGUGAAUGGGGAUGUUCGAGUUGGACUUUUUGCUCUUUGUGAUAUUCCUGCAGGGAUGGAGUUAACAUUUAAUUAUAACCUGGAUUGUCUGGGCAAUGGCAGAACAGAGUGCCACUGUGGGGCAGAGAACUGCAGUGGUUUUCUAGGAGUACGGCCGAAGUCUGCAUGUGCGUCAACAACUGAGGAAAAGACAAAAAAUGCUAAAUUAAAGCAGAAGAGACGAAAAAUUAAAGCAGAACCAAAGCAGAUGCAUGAAGAUUUCUGUUUUCAAUGUGGAGAUGGUGGAGAGCUGGUCAUGUGUGACAAAAAAGACUGUCCCAAAGCAUACCACCUCCUAUGCCUUAACCUGACACAGCCACCAUACGGAAAGUGGGAAUGCCCGUGGCAUCAGUGCAGUGAGUGCAGCAGUGCAGCUGUUUCCUUCUGUGAAUUCUGUCCACAUUCAUUUUGUAAAGAUCAUGACAAGGGGGCACUGGUUCCCUCUGCACUGGAAGGCCGGCUCUGCUGCUCUGAACAUGACCCUGUAGCUCCUGUGUCACCAGAAUACUGGAGCAAGAUCAAAUGUAAAUUGGAAUCACAAGAUCAUGGAGAAGAAGUAAAAGAAUAAAUGGGUGGUGAUUUCCCUUUUUUUUUUUUUUUUUUUCAUUUAAAUGAAAAAAGGAAAAGAAAAGCAAAUAGAUAAUGCCUUUGUAAAACAGAGACUGCUGCAGUGCAUACAACCUUUGCCAUCAGUACUGCCUUAUUAAAAGCAAAAAUGGGGGAGGGGGGACUGGAAUGUGCAGGCAGAAGCUGUUGGUAGUGUCUGGUUUUUCUGUUUUGUUUUCAUGGUUUGAGGAUUCUUUUAUGGAGGGUUAAAUACCCUUGGUCUUUUAUUGUGCUUCAAUGCCUUUUCAGCUGGAAAGAGUUGUCUUUGCUUUUCAUUAAGAACAAGUGAAAAGAAAAUGACGAGAUAAACUUAAAGUCUAGGAUGUAUUCUGUGGGUAUAAAAAGCAAAAGUUGCCAUCAUUCCUUUAUUUAUUUUUUUUAAGUUUUGAGAAGUGUAGUUCAGAUAGUCCGUAAUUAAUGUAUGUGUGCAUAUGUGUGUUUUAAGUAGGAAUUGGAGAAAGCCCUCUAGGAAAGGGUAUAAUGAUCAUUAUAUACCUCUUCACUGAGCAGUAAGUAGGCUAACUUCUCUUUCAGAAUGUUUUUCAUAGUCUUUUAGAAGGGCUUAAUGGGAGUGUUGAAUCUGGCCUCUUGAAAAGAAAAUGACUCCGUGGAUUUUACCUGUCUGGUCUUAAACUGGGUGGGCUUUGUAAUUUGAUAACUUUAUCUAGAAAGGUAUAAAAUGUGGUUUUGAUUUUUUUUUUUAGAGGGAAAAAAGAAACAAUGCACUCAUUGAAAUGUUUUCCAUUGACAAUGGGUAUUUUGAUGAAGUGCAUUUGUGUGGAUAUGAAUGCAUAGUUAGAAUGGACAUCCCUGUUAUCAUGAUACAUUGAUAAAGGCAGCUAGAGAGAGAUGAAAGGCACAGACCAAAAGUUGAAUCAUAGAAGCACCAUUUCCCGUCUCAUUUUAUGUAGAGCUAGGUCUAGCUUGGAGAGAAUUAUGGGAUUUUAAUUUCUGUUCUGCUUCCCUUUCCUGAUCAAACAUUCCCUUUGUCAACUGACCAUUCAAUCAUGUUUCCUGGUGAAACUGCAGAAAUUAAUUUGAAUUGUAUUCAAAUAGAUCUUUUUGGUUUAGUGUUCUUAAUUUGGGGAGUAAACGGGAUAGGGGCAUCCCCCAGUUACAUGUGAACAAUUUCUGUUCAUUACUAUCCAGUACUUAAAAUCGUCCCCAUUGAGAAGGGGAACACUUCUACUUCUACAGGGUAUGUAAGAGCCACACAGCACACUUCAUCUUAGAAAGCACUUAGGGAAAGCUCCCAAGAAAGUCAGUGUUAGCAGAAGUGGUUGGCUGAUGCUUGAAUCUCACAGAUGCAAGUGUAUUAAGAUGUCUGCUCACAAAACUCACUUGCUUUUAAUGCUUAGGAAUAUGUAUAUUCCAGUAUUCCUUGUAUGAAGUAACUAGUAAUGUCAGACAUUGCUGUAACACUGUAUUAAGUAGAAGUCUAGGUAGGGUUAGCUUGAAUGAACGUUCUCGUUCUCUGUGAAUGUUGACUGCUUACCAUUGCUGGUACCUGAUAGCAGUUAUUUUCCCUCAAAAAGUACCUAGUAACCUUAUGAAGGUAGGGAAGAUAGACGCUCCACUACAUUCCUCCAGUUGUGUUACCUGUGUUCCUUUUUCUUAGCAACUUAGAGCUCUUCUCUGGAAAAAAGAAGAAAAAAAGCUGUUUUGUGCCUCUUUUUUUGUAUGUAAAUGUGCAAUUAUACUGGAUUUUCUCUUUUAAAAAACAAAAACAAACAAAAAACACUACAAUUCCUUUAUUUAAGCUCCUAAACUGCCAUUUGCCUGAGUCCAGCAAUACUGAGGUAACUCAUUGGGUCUCCAGUUAUUCUAUUGAUUAGAUGUGGUCCCAACAGAAGAGCAAAAAUAGAAAAUGCUGUCCAUGUUACCAGGAAUAGUUGCUACAAGUAACAUGGAUUACAGAUCACCAAAACACUAACCUUUGCUCUUGAGCAGUUAUAUAGUUUGAUGUCCUUUUAAAUAAUUUAAGAAAAUCUAGGUUUUAUCAUACUAAAACUUUAUUUUAUAUAUGUAUAUGAUAAAUGUUUGUUUUUCUAAACUUACUAACAUGAAGGAUUUCCUUUAAUAUUUGAAAUUGCAACUCUUGUUGAAACAGUAUCCAACAUGAAAUCUUAACUCCUUGCUUUGUUUUUAGACUUAGUGCUAUUUAAUAUCUGAUGACUUUUAUAUGGUAAGCCAGGGUAUAUAUCCUAUAUACUGCAAAUACCUUAGGUUUAAGUAUUUUUAUGCAGCUUCUUCAUUGUGUCACAUUUUGUUUGUAUUAUCUGUAAACAGAGCUCUGCUGAGAUUUUAAAGAUCUUUUUUGGGAGGUAAAGACGGAUGACUAAUAGGAUUGUUCUGCCAUUUCAGAAAUCAGGGUAGAAAACAAAAUAGCUAACCAUGCUCUGGAAUCUUUGUCCAUGAUGUUCUUCCAUGAUCUAUAAAGUGGAUUUAGUCAUGCCAGAAUCAAGGAACUUUCUUCACACCUCCAUAGUAUCACUGUUGAUCUCUUUUACAUAUCUUUAAAUGGCACGUUUUGGAAGCUUUAUUUGUGCAUAGUAUAUCUGCGCCAUGCUUGCCUGUGCUCCAUCAGUGAGAUAGUCCAGAAGACUCACUGCUCACUCAUAGUCUGAAGUUGAUAUUUGUUGCCUUUAUAAAUCUGUAUGUGGUCAGAGCAUAAAUUGUUGGUUUUUAUUCUUGUCCAAAAAAUUGAAAUAACUUAAAGCAGCAUAGAAUAAUGGUGGUUUUUUUUAAAACCUCGUAUUAACUCUUUAGAGAAAAUGUGAAUGUAAGAUUUUUGAUAAUCAGCAUAAACCUUCAGAAUUUGGACAACAACUGAAGAUGAAAUGCUGGGAAACCUUCCAGGGACUGUGCAGUGCAGGGAGGGAGGGGCUGGACCUUGGCGGGUGUGAGGAGUCGCAGAGCUGCCUGGAGCUGGCUACCCAAGGGGUAGGUGGCUGGCCCUUCAUCCCUGGAGGGCUGAGAAGUUGGAGGAAGUGAUUUACUUCUUUAUUAUCUAAUCAGGGCUAGAGUUAGGAGUGAGAUGGGUUUUAUUUUCAUUUUUGUUUUAACACGUCCCCACUGUAUCUUAAUACUUAAAUUAUUAUCUGGCCUAAAACCAUAGAAUAGGCCGAUUUUUAGAAUCAUUGAAACUUGGCAAUUUCUGGGUAUUCAAGCAAGGAACAUGUAAAAAAACAUAUAAUGGAGGGAAACCUAUUCCCUUAGCUCCUUUCCGCCAUUUCCACAUAAUAUUUGGAAAUAUGCCUGUAAAUAACAUUGUAAAGUUGAGAUAAUCAUAUAAAGGACUUGCAGACUUGGCAGGCUGUUGGACAGCUGUCUUUCCUGGUUCAUGAAGUGGUCUGUUGCACCUGUACUCGUUGGAUCCAUACCUGUUUUCCAAUCGGGGUCAAACUUGUAGUUUGGAAAAAGCCCAGCUAGCUAUACAGAAUAACCUCUGAACUUCCCAGAAUUUGUUGCUUGUCUUUCAUUCCAUUUUUAAAUACAAAGCAUUUACCUUAAAGUCAAGGUGCUGCCACAUGCCAUGUCCCAACAGGAUAAGAAAACAAGUCACCAUAGAGUCCUUACAGCUGGGGAAGCUUAAUAUACUUCUACACGAGGUUCAGUGACAUUGGGAACUUGCUUUAUUGCUGGGCAGUGCACAUCAGACUCGAGUUACUUCUCACGAGGCAGAUACAUCAGCCACCCCAAGUUGUCCAAGUUGCUGCAGACAUGAAAGGAUUAUUUGGAAUGAUUUCCUGUGACCUUGGCCACCUGGAAUUGGCCUCUGGUUAUUUGUAAACAAAGAGUAGAACUCACUUGCAUUUUCAGAUGACUAGGGAAUAGCUCUCAUGAGACAGCUUUGCCAUGAAUUUAAGAAUAUUGAAAAGUUGGAAAUUUGUAUAUACUGAUAUCUACCAACUUUUAUCUAGAGUGGGGUACAGGGAGAAAAGGGGGUUAUACGAGGGAAUGGGAGGGGAAUGAUGAUGUUUACCACAGGUACGAAGUAGUCACUUUAACAUUUGAGACCUCUGCCUCAUUGAAUUCAGGUUUUUUUAAGUACUUGAAACUCUUCAGAUUCUCCUUAUUUUACAGUUAUUUUUCAAUUUCUGAAGUAGAAAGCAUUGUUUUGUAUACUCUUUUGUGAAUUAGUAGCCUAGUCUCUUAUCCUCUUUAACUUGGAUUAAAGGUGACAUUCUGCAAGCGGGAGAAUGUUCACAGUAGAUAGCUCAGAUUUAAUGUACACAUUUGAGGAAGAGACUCCUGCAUGAAAUACCAGCAGCAUUUUUAUGAAUAUUUCUUAUAUACAUUAUUUUGUCAUUUUUCAACCCUGUUGCCAAGCACCUCUUCUUUCCUUUUAAUAUAUGCCUGGGUAGGGAAAAAAAAAAAGCAAAACAAAAAAUUGCACUUAUGUUACACUCCUGAAAUGCUGGGUGUAACCUGUGUGUUUCAAGCCACCACACCCAUUCCCCUGUCGUCAGUCCAUUGCUUCAGUGACAAGUGCAGGUGCUUGUGGACAUACUUAUAAAGAGGGGGGAGCAAAAGAAUUACCUGUACUUCAGUAGCCUGUAGCCAUUAUUAUUAUGUGAGAGAAAGGAAGGAUGAAUAGUUGCCAAAGUAAUUUAUUCAGUCCUUAGUUUUCUUCCGUGACAUUACUGCGUCUUCAAAUUGGCAAGCGAGCAGCCUCAGGCUCCAGUACUGCCUUCCCUGCCUGCCGCGGACUUCUGACACGCGGGCCCGCUCUCAGCGUCCACGUGAUUACCUAGAUAAGGUAUUUAUAAGGUAUUCUUGUCAGUUUAGAAGUGGACUGGAUAAAAUUUCCUUUUACUUUGUUGUCAUUAAUAUUGCUCUUUAUCUCAUUUACCCUGUGUUACAUACCCUGUGUUAAAAAAGAAAAUCAUAUUGCCACUGAUAACCAAGAUGCUACAUGAUGAUUACAACUGGCUAAUAAUAAAAUUCUUUUUAUAUACAAGGGUGUGUGCAUUAUUGGAAUUGAUAUGAAAAAUUAAUUUGUAUCCACUUGUGAUAUUGCACAACAUAGAUACCUACAGAUUCUGUUUUCAUUUCCUUGUGAUCUUUAUGAUAAUGACCUUUGUAGAUUGGUUAUUUCUGUACUUUGUUUAUCUGUAAUAAACUUUGUAGAUCCUGUGAAAUGUUAUUUUGCCUAAAUCACUUGAGACUUGAGUCUUUAAUAACAAAGUAUCAAUAUUCACUAAAGUCAAUCUCUUUUGAGUUUCUGUGACUUGGCUAGAAGCUCUUGACACUAAGGUUUUAGUGUUAAAUUUCCCUGGGGGUGUUCCACUAGGGCAUUACUGUAUAAUGACUUGAUGUUGCCACAUAGACUUCAAGAUAUAUGAUAUUUUGGGGAUUUUGUUGGUUGGCCUAUGUUUUAUUGCAUAGUGUGAAACGUGUAAAGCUUGGUUAACCUGUAUAUAGAUAGCUUAUUGUUGACUAGUUAUAGUGUAUUUAGGAUUGCCUGUAAUAUUUAAGCUUCUUACUUCUGUGUGUGCUGGUAGGAACAUAUAAUUUUUGUACAUUAUAUUUACUGAGAUGUCGCCUUUUUUUAUUUUACAAAUACUUUGGAAUCAAAAUGUGUUUUUGCUUCCGUGAGGAUUAAUUUGGAAAGGUUUUUAAUGACAUUCCACUGAUUUCAGAUUUUGCUUGAGAUUGACUUCAAUAAAUUGCCCUGUAUGUUCCAAAUUAAACCCGUGGACUUGUUCAUUGCCUGUAAUUUCUUGCAACAACUCGCUGAGCCAGAAGCCAUCGUGGGAGGGAGGGGACCUCGCAGGUAGCUGAUGACCCAAUUAUCUGUGACAAGCAAGACAAAGUCCUGUAUGAGAGCUAAGUAUAUCUUCCUUCAAAGUGU